GCGAAGUCGUUGGAGGAGAAGAAGCUUUGGGCUCAGAACAUCAAACGCAUCAUCCUGGAGAACCAUCAGGCCAUCAUCCCUCAGAAGGCCAAAGAGGCGAUCCUGGAGAUGGACUCUAUCUAUCCUCGGCGGUUCCGUUACAGUCCAGACCGGCCCAAGAAUGUUCUGUCAGAGUCGACCCCUCAGGGUCUGGUCUCUUCGUCCUCAGAGUCGACCCCUCAGGGUCUGGUCUCUUCGUCCUCAGAGUCGACCCCUCAGGGUCUGGUCUCUUCGUCCUCAGAGUCGACCCCUCAGGGUCUGGUCUCUUCGUCCUCAGAGUCGACCCCUCAGGGUCUGGUCUCUUCGUCCUCAGAGUCGACCCCUCAGGGUCUGCAGAGCCACGCCGCCUCAAAGGAUGCUGACGGAGGAAACAGAGAGGAUGACCGACUUCAUGAAGAGACGUGUGAGCAGGUACUGAUGACAUCACUUCCUGUUCCUCUCCAGACCCCCACAGAGGAAAACCCUGACCCAGAACCCCCCUCUGGUCCGGACACGUCGUGCAGAACCUCAGAAGAUCUGAACCCGGAGAGACCGGAUACUCCGUCCUCGGCUCCUGAUCCGAGCAGCGGGGAGUCCUCGGAGGAUGAGGAGGAAGUGAAGGGGGGUCCUGAGGAAGGAAAGACCAGCAUCCUGCCCUCCUCGGUCCUGGACAGAGCCAGCGCCAUCGCUCAGCACUUCAGCAUUAGGCGAGGCAGCCUGGCCCGGGGCCAGGACCAGGACCAGGGCCAGGUUCGAACCCUGCGGCUCCACAGCAGCUGCUCCGGUCCCUCAGAGACCUUCAGCCCUGUAGACCUGAACCCAGCGUCUCCUCGGGGAAACAGGCGGGACUCGACCCUGUCCCAGCAGGACCAGAUGCUCAUCGGCAAGAUCAGGAACUACUAUGAGAACCAGGACUUGAGCUUCAAACUGCAGCGCAGAGAGAGUCUGAACUACAUCCCUGCAGGGCUGGUCCGGACCUCCGUCAGCCGGCUGAACAGCACCACAGACCAGCAGCCCAACACUGAGUCCGGCCCCCUCACAGACCAGCAGACUAGCAUUGAGUCCGCCCCCCCUUAUGACACUCUCAGGGUCUCUAGUGACUCUCUGGGCUCGAUCAGGUCCGAUCAGAGGAGCACAGAUCCAGGUCCAGAGGAAAGAUCCUGGUCCAGAUCUCAGAGCCUACAGGAUGAAGUCUUCAGACCUUCAUCUGAGAUGAUCCAGGUCUGGCAGGCGAUGGAGGAAGAGAUCAACAGAUCUACCGCCAAGGACCUGAGCCCUGAGGAAUCCACGAGACCUGGACCCUGCCAGACCUCCGCUGGGACCCAGACAGGAGGUGGGGCAAAGCUGCAGGACCAGACCAAGACCCAGCUGCAGGACCAGACCAAGAACCAGCUGCAGGACCAGACCAAGAACCCAUUACAGGGUCAGACCAAGAACCAGACCAAGGACCAGACCAAGAACCAGCUGCACGACCAGACCAAGACCCAGUUACAGGACCAGACCAAGACCCAGUUACAGGACCAGACCAGGGCCCAGCUGCAGGACCAGACCAGGGCCCAGCUGCAGGACCAGACCAAGAACCAGCUGCAGGACCAGACCAAGAACCAGUUACAGGGCCAGACCAAGGACCAGACCAAGACCCAGCUGCAGGACCAGACCAAGAACCAGCUGCAGGACCAGACCAAGAACCCAUUACAGGGUCAGACCAAGAACCAGACCAAGGACCAGACCAAGAACCAGCUGCACGACCAGACCAAGACCCAGUUACAGGACCAGACCAAGACCCAGUUACAGGACCAGACCAGGGCCCAGCUGCAGGACCAGACCAGGGCCCAGCUGCAGGACCAGACCAAGAACCAGCUGCAGGACCAGACCAAGAACCAGUUACAGGGCCAGACCAAGGACCAGACCAAGAACCAGCUGCAGGACCAGACCAAGAACCAGCUGCAAGACCAGACCAAGAACCAGUUACAGGGCCAGACCAAGGACCAGACCAAGAACCAGCUGCAGGACCAGACCAAGAGCAAAGUCAUGCACCUGGCCCGUCAGUACAGCCAGCGAAUCAGAACCACCAAACCUGAGGUCUGGCGGCUAGAACUCGAGAGCCGGAUCUGCGAGGACCAGGAGAUGCCCAAUGCAGGUGAACCCCUGCUGGGGGGUCCUCAGGUAGACCGGACCCGCCCUGUGACCCCCAGCUCGAUGGUCCUCAGUCCUGCCCCCCCCACCGAGAUCUUCCCCUGGCCCGACGUCCGACAGCUGCGAUCCAAAUACUGCGACCAGGUCCGGCCCCCCCCAGAGGAUCAGAGGCCUGAGGCGGGUCUGAGGAGGCCCCCCCCAGAGGAUCAGAGGCCUGAGGCGGGUCUGAGGAGGCGCUCCAGUCUGGCUGAAGAAACCACAUCCAGCAGGAAACCUCUCCAGAGAGCCCGGUCUCUGGACCCCCGGUCUCUGAACACCCGAUCCCUGGACCCCCAGUCCCUGGACCCCCCUCUGAGCGUGGAGCCGCAGACGGACCGCGGUUCUAACGGGGGGUUCUUCGUGGCAGCCGAGGCUCCGCUGCCCCACGACCCCGAGCACAGGAUCCUGGUCUUGGAGAAGGGGGGGGGCGACAGCUUGGUUCAGAGCAGAUCCCCCACCAGCAGGGAGAAGAUCUCCAUCAUGGCCGUCAUUGAUCGUUGCCGCGUCUACCAGGAGUCCCAGGAGGGGAAGGACAGAGCGAACCAGAACCAGAACCCUGGCUCAGACCUGGUGAGGAACCUGAGGGCCCGGUUCCAGAGCCUGAGCGAGGGAACCUGAGCUCCUCCCCUCCUGUGAUAUUAAAGGAUUGUAAUUAUUAACGUAUAUAUUUGUUAUUUAAAGCAAAACUUUAUAUAAAACCAACACGAUGUCUUCCUCCGGCCCGUUCUGGUCUCUGGUCCACAGAGACCUGGGUCACAUGUUACUGACUCCUCCACUAGCACACACCUGCUGUCCUGGCGCUCCCAUUGGUCCGUCUCAGACUGACCCGGCUCACCAGCGCUCCCAUUGGUCCGUCUCAGACUGACCUGGCUCACCAGUGCUCCCAUUGGUCCAGGAUAUAACCAAUAUAAAUAUAUGAUGUAAUGUUUGUCUUCAUUAUAUGUUGUUCUAUUUAUAAACCCUAUAAUAAAGUGCACUCUCCAAAUCCUU